AUUUCCUAUGCUGUUUACAUACCUUACCCACAUGCUUGCUGUAUGAAUGGGAUAAAAUAAUGUAUUCAUUCUGAAAACUGUGAAUUAUGUGACACUGAAAACUUACAAUUAGAAGUUUUGGGAGUAUAAAAUAUGGCGGAAAAUGAGGAAAUUGGGGAUCUAAUAUCCACCCCGCCGGAAAAUGACGAACUUGGGGAUUUAGUGUCAACACCACCGAGUAUAGAUUGGACUGAAUCUGUGACAAGCUUUAACUCAUUCGACGAAUCCAGUCUACCACAAGUGGCGACAUUUCAGAUCAGUGAGGGGUCGGGUCAACCCGCCCUACCACCGGGAAUCGCGCUGUACAGCGCACAACCUGUGCUUUUUCACACGCGCACGAGAAAAUCGCAUGCACGUGCGCGGACUAUUUAUCACGACCAAGAGGGACCAUACUUCGAGGUUGGCCAGACGCUUGACAUUCCAGACGAUUUUCAAGGAUGGUUCGAGAUGGUUCCCCCGGAUUUUGGACGAGGCCAAGUGUUCCGGACUAUAGGUCAGUUGGCUGAAGCCGGGCCCAGGAAGUUCUUUACGCGCACCGACAUCCGGGCUCUUCUAAUUCACCCAAAAGAAGACGAAAAUGGAAACAAAGAAGACGAUAAUGACACGAGUGAACCCAUUGACAAAAGGUCAUCUGUGGCGUCAACCACGUCUGCUGGAAAGAAUGGAGAAGGUGAAAAACGUGAUGAGGGAUACUCCGAGAGAAAGAUUCCCGCGGGAAGAGUUCUAGAAGUUAAAGGUUCGUUUGCUGCUCGAUGGCAGACGACAACGCAAUCUGGUUUGAUCAAAAAGAAGAGCAAGCAAUACUCGACGAUAGAAGUACCUUACAUGAAAUGUGUUGACGUCGAUGGAACUGACGUUUUAAUACCCUUUACAACGAAGGGGCGGUUUAGUGUUGUGUAUGAAAAAGGGAUCAAAGACUCUAGAACUGUUUACAGAAUGAAAGACAUCCUGUCUGAUUUACAACUUCCGGUGAAAGUUCGUAUGGUUUAUGGGAAGGCACCAGUUGUGCCGUGCAUAUUCACUGGGGUGUUAGUCUUAAAAUCAAAAGUUGUUGAAGACACGAUAAUUGCAAGUACUAUUCUAAACAAAAGAAACGUUCUUUUUGAAAUUCCGGUAAGUACAAAAUGUGACGUUCGAACGGCUGUGGACGAAGAACAGUACGAAACUUUACGGACUUACAUAGAUGCAAAAAUGCUUGGUAAAAAGUAUGCUGUCCCGUUUGGGACGUUGAUAAAACUUUCACCGGAAUUGGACACUGACCAGGCAAUGAUUCAGCACAUUCCAACUGAAAAGCUGAAGUCACGUGACGAAAGCCUCCAGACGCUUGAUAUGAUCACAAACUUCAGUCUUACGGACGAAGAGCCACGUGAUUAUUUCAUGGAGUCGUCUGAUACCGAAUCGGUUCAAAGCGCAGACGCUUCGCCCCUCGGCGCUGGUCAGAUGAUGGAACUGAGAGAGAUUGAGUUACCGAGGGUCGGUCAGAUUUACAGCGACGCUUGAUAAAGCAGACCGGAAGUCAUGUGUUCUUGAAACCGGAAGUGUGUCAUUUUGCGAAUUUCGGAGAAAUGCUAUAUAUUCAGAAAUCGUACGGUUCAAAUAUCUCUUAUUCGUAAAUUUCUUUAUUCAGAGAAUGAAUACAUAUACUGAAAUGCUUUCAAAAAAAUGUCAUUUAACGUAUGAAAGAUGAAGGAUACAGCUAAGCUCAUUUGCAAUUAUAUGCAAGUUCAUUUAUUUUAUUCCAGUAUAACUCACGAAUAUACGUUAUCAUGCGAUUUGGUGUAAAAUAUUUAAUUAAUAUUCCUGAUGAUUAUAAUCAAACCAUGGACUUACCCGUUAUUGUUUCUGGAAAAUUACCAUAUUGAAUGUUUAAGAAGUACCAAUGCAUCUUUAUAAAUGGUGUUCUAAAUAUUCCUCAUACCAAAGAGAGUGUAAAAUUGUAUUAGCAACAGGGCCGAAGAAGAUUUACAUAUGAAUUACGAAAUCAUUGCUUUUUAAUGUGAUUUUAUGCGACCAUAGAAUUGAUGUGACAUUUAUUUGAUAACGAUACAUAUAUAUCCAAUGUAUGAGCUGUUAUUGUGCUUGUAAUUUUAUGCACAUGCAAAUUUUCCUCAACUUUCUUAUAACAUACAAGCUACAUCAACGAUGAUUCAGUUUUUUUAAUUACAUGUUUUUUUUAAAUGCUACGUGUAUUUGUCCAGUAUUUUUAUUUAUCUGCUUCAAUAAAACUUAAAAGUACAAUGCUCAGUU